AUGCCCUUGCUUGACUAUGAGACGAAACCGCCACUGGCUCCACUCCUUCCGACCGGCUCUACAACUGCGACGAUUGUUGCCGAGGUCACAAAGAGCAGUAACGUCAAACGUCCACCAAUGCGGUCCAGUAUUGCCUGCAUGCGCUGUCGUCGAUCUAAGAUCAAGUGUGACAACGAUGGCAAGGCGUCAUCGCCGUGCGAAACAUGCAUCAAGUCUGGCCGCGACUGCCAAUACCCCGCUGUCAAUACGCCAACCCCGAGACGGACGGCAGACCCGCAGAUACCCACAUCCGUCGUCAGUCCUGCGACUGGAUCCAUCACUUACAAGCGCGACGAUGGUCUGGCAGACCGUGGCCCCGAGCGGAAGCGCCUGAAAAAACUUGAGGAUGCCUUUCGCACUGAUGCUCCGUCUUCUGGUGCAUAUUAUGCCGAGGAAGUAUUGUCCACCCCUUACCUCACCGAGGCCAUGUGGAUGCAAGUUUGCAACAUCUAUCGCCUGCAUUUUGCUAGCGAGUUGCCGUUUCUACACAUGCCGACCUUGAAGGAAAACAUGGGUACCGGUUCCAAGACUAAGCAAAAGCGGCGCUCUGCUGACACCAAUCUCGUGCUGCUGGGAGUGCUUACCUUGACUUCUCGCUUCCAUUCGGACCUGGUCAAAUAUGUUGCCCAAACCAUUGCCAAUCAAAGCAGCACAAAGGGCCGGUCACCCGCUACAGCCAAGGCCGAUCCGUGGGCUGCUUCUGAAUACUAUGCCGACGUUCUGACCAAGGCUCUGGGCCCUCUUAGCGCUAGCAUGACUUUGGCUAGUAUUGAACGCGUCCAAGCCUUUCUCAUGCUGGGCCUAUACGAAUGGAGCCAGGCCAAACGGAAGACCGGCGGCCUGGGCGCGUGGAUGUACGUUGGGGUCGCCAUUCGGAUGGCCCAGGCCUUGGGCUUAAGCUUUGACGGCAGGCCAGGCGGUAAACGUCACCGUAGAGCCGCCGUAUCUGCUACUUUUGCAGCCCAUGCAGAUCCGCAAGCUGUGGAACGACGGGCAUUGAAAGCUGAUGGAAUUGAUAGCUCUCCUCGGCGAGAUCUGACCAAAGUUCCCGUGCCACUGGCCGAUGAUAUUGUGACCAACGAGAUACGGCGACGAACUAUGUUUAGCUGCCUUAUUUUGGAUCGAUUGCUAUCGUGUGGUGAGAAGCGACUGCCAGCGAUUCGCUCCAAAGACCUACAAAUACAACUUCCUUGCUCUGAUUUUGCAUUUGAUCUCGGGCAGGAAGUCCGCACGAGAUAUCUGAAGUCCCUGAAUGAGACUGAUACCGCCGACAACGAACAGGAGACCAACGAAAGCGGCGACAGUGUACUUGCUCGCUUCAUACAGCUGGUCGACAUAUGGGGGGAGAUUUCAAAGUACAGUUUUGCUGGCGGCCGUCGGGUCGAAAAGCGGCCACCUUGGGAGGAGACGGAGUUUCUACGACUUCGCAGAGUGCUCGACAAAUUCUAUAAGGGCCUGCCAUCAAUAUUCACUUUGUCAAGAAGCAACUACUACGUAUACGAAAGCCACCAGGCUUCCAGCGCCUAUGUGUCACUGCAUAUGCUUGGCGCAGUUUGCAGGAUUAUGCUGCACCGCGAGUACAUUCCGUUUAUUCCCAUCCGUUGUGAUGGGCCCGAGGGACCCCUUGACGAACCAACGUUCCCGAAGGGAAGCGCCCCCCCUGGGUUUUGGGAUGAGAGUGCUGAGCAAAUCUUUAAGGCAGCUCGGGACAUUGUUGACUUAAUUGAAAUAUGCCAGGGCUGCGACAAGCUGCCCAUGUCGGCACUGGUUGUCUUUUCCAUAUGGACGGCUGCUUUCGUUGGCAUCUAUGCAUGGCAUUUCCCCGCGCUGGAUGCCCAUAAGCAUAUGCUCGAUGGAAUGGAUGGCGGACAAACAGCGAAGCCUCACGGCAGAAUCAACAAUAAAGUCGACUAUCACAUUCAGACCCACGGUCCUACGGGAAUCACCUACAGCGCACUGAACAAAAUGUCCACCUGGUUACAGAUGGCCUGCACAUAUGUCAGCUACUUCCAAGAUAUGGACAAAUUCUACGAGGGGGUCAAGGAAGACUAUCGAAAACACAUGGCCAAGCGCAACAGUGGCGAUGGCCCGGGCGAGCUCAGCAUCCGCAUGGGAGGAGGUGGUGGUGGGCUGGACGAGUGGAAGGUUCAUGGACCAAAGGUUACGAAUAACGGCAUGAUCUUGUCCGAUGACGAUGCCAUAGUCGAAGCCUCUGAUCGGUCGCGGACCAGCAGCACGCCAGCUGGCUUGGACUGCGGCUCAUCUACCGGACCUGAGGGAGUUCGCUACAUGCCAGUUUAUGGUGACGGCAGCAGCUCCAUCGACCGUCACUCGUUGCCAGUAAUUGGAGAAGAGCAUGUCAAUGUCUCAGCGAUGGAAACACCAGGGGUUGGCUGUGGUGGUGUGGCAUUCAUGAGCCAGGACGGCGGAAGCUUUCCCAGCAGCAGCGGAACCAUUUCGGCGCACGGCUUGCCAAUGUCUGGCGAGGCAGGUUUAGGUUUGGCGUCGGCUACAAUACAGCCAUGGGAACGGUAUCCACACGACACCGAGCAGCAGCUGAACCUGCAAAUGCAGGCCGAGCAGCACAUGCCGGUGACAACGCAGGGAUAUGAGAUGGGGGAGCCGGUCGGUUAUAGUGAUAUGAGAGACUUCUAUCCCGACGUUCUGCCCUACAUUGAUAGGUUCCAGGGCAUGCGGUGGCAAGAUGCCAGCCAGGCAGCUGGCAUUGAGCAUUUUUCUCACGGCGACUCCAUCGGCGGCGGUCAUGCUGUGUGGAUAGACCAACCGUUUAUAAUCUGA